AUGCGAACAGCCCUGCCAGUUUGCUUUGUUCUGUUGCUGGCCAUUGAAACGGUCAUCGCUUGCGUGGAUGUUCUAUUCGUACUGGAUCCUUCUUCGGAGUAUUCACGAUCUCGCUCCACUAAAGUGGCCCUUGAGCUGGCCAAGAGAGAUGGACUGCGAUAUUCGGUAGCCAUUCGACGUCACAAAAGUCGCUAUGUUUUCAUGAUGGCAAAGACGACAGCUGAUCUUAUUGCGGCACUUGAUACGAUUGACGGCGACUAUGAACGUUAUUUGGGCAUGGUGACUUCCGAAAUCCUGCGUCGAAGAAAUGUCCGUCCUAUGGCGGUCCUACUAUUCUCUGACACACCCAUAAAUGCCACGCUAGCAACUCAGUGGAAGGACCUUUCACGUAAUAGGAAAAUCCACGUGUUCAGAGUUGGAACGGCCAAACCGACCAAUGAACUAUCUAUCGGCGAUGGCGAAUCUUUCGAAGAUAUUCUUGCUUGCAGUGCAGUUAACAAGAGCACGGUAGAUGUCCGCAGAAGGCCAGCUGAUCCAGAACAGUCUCCCACUACACCACGCCGUCCACGAAUCAUACCGUUUUCGAAGACGACAAGGCCACCAACUACUACGAGGCAAGGGCUUCUUGGUUCUCAGUGGAUGAUCUCUUGA